AUGUUGAAAAAGUUGCCCGUACGAAGCUUAACGCAAAUGGCCCUAGCGGAACUGGCCGACUCGAUAGUGUCUUCCAUUGGAAAUAUGCUACAGACAGCGUAUAACUAUGGAAUAGUGUCGGAUUUUACCUUGCUGAUGGUGGAGAUCAACUCGUAUUUGGAGAACAUGGGUGCAACCGGUUCCGUCUAUGAAGACUUGCUGCGUGUCAUUUUGGCGUCAGAUUCUCUGGAAGCGGCGAUACGCUUUUGCUGCCUACAAAUGCUGCUGAAUGAAAGCGUUCAAACGCUGUCGACUGACAUUUUUCCAUUUUCGUACUACGAGAGGAUAUUGCAGGUUAUUAUAGCGCAAGGUAGGGGACUACGUCAGCUGAACAUGAAGGGUGUCUGGGUCAAGGAGGAGUUCUUGAGUUACAUGUAUGAAAUUGUUAAACACUUACCCCACCUGAAUAAACUGACGAUCCCACAUAUUGCGAACGACAAUCUUCUGAAGCACAUUGGAGAUUAUUCGAAGAAUAUGCGGAACUUGGAUAUUAGCGGUGAUACCGAUAUUACCGAAAUCGGGCUGGAAUACCUAUGCUAUGGCGAAUCGAAAGAUCGUUUGACGAUAGUGGAUAUCGGUUCACUCGGGGAAGAGAACAUUUGCCACACCGAUAUAGCCUUAUUAAUAAUGAAUCUUCCCAACCUAGUUAGUCUAGCAAGUUAUUCGUUUGUAGGCCGAAGUCUGCUCUUUAUUCUAGAACAGAAGGAUGCAGCUUUCACAUGUAAGCUAGCCUAUCUUCAUGACACGCAAACCAAACCAAAGAUUUUAGAUGCCAUAGUAAGUGCAUGUCCCAACCUCGUGGACCUCUAUUUAGACUGUCCGGAAUCAGGUAUUUUAUCUAAACUAGCAAACACUUACCUCCGUCGGCUCAAACUGUACAAAUUCAGCUGUUCGGAACUUUUUACCUUACUGGAGUCAAUCGGCGAUUCAUUGCGUCAUCUAACUGUGAUAAAAGGUCGUGAAACGAUGGAAUUACACCGGCUCGUGCGUUGUUGCGCUCAGUUGAUCGAUUUAGAUCUCUACAUGAUGGAUUCAUUGACAUUUUCCGGACAGCAUGGAUUCCGAGAUCUACAGGGUCUUGAAAUUCUCAACAGCCCAAUCUCGCAACCAGGACUGAGAAGUUUACUCAGUUUGACUACCACCCUAAAACGCUUGGCGGUUGACAGUUUUACUUUUGACGAUGAAGAUUUUUGUUCGCUGAUGAUCGAGAAGGACUUUUAUCAGUUAGAGGAUAUAUGGUUUACCACAGCACCGCAUCUGUCGAUAACGAGCGUCGAGGUUCUAAUGGAUCGCUGUCCGGAAUUGCAGAGUCUCGGUCAGCUAAGCGGUUGGUCUCUUACCCAUGACGAUGUGACGCUCCUUCGUGGAAUUCUCAAAAGUUGCAACUCAGCACUGGUACUGUCACCGACAAGUAUUUUUCCGUAA